UUCCUCUCUAUCUUCCGACAAAGAAGAAAAAAACACCAAAACAGUUUUGUCUUCUUCUUCAGAACAAAUCAUGCAUAGAACCAAAGCACAGUCCACAAACCCGUCAUUCUCCUCCACUCUCCUCGAUGAAAUCUACAAUUCCAUCGAUCAUAAAACCCAAAAGACUCACCCUUUUGUCGGCUCUGUUAAGAAACAGAGCAUCGGCGUAACCAGAUCAGUUCCUGACCGGAAAAUCCACCAAGAUCGGUUCUUUGGCUCUGUGUCGUCUUCCUCUGAUUCCAGCUCAAGUAUCUUCUCAUCUUCUGACACCGAACUAAGUCACGGUAAGAAGAUAACUUCUUCGAGGCCGUUAUGUUUCGGCCCAAUUAAGACGAAACAGAGUAAAACAGAGGACAAAGCUCUGUUUCACCAAAACAGAGCAACCCGAGUCUCCGACGACUACGAUUACGCCUCUGACGUCCCCAAGAUCACGAGAUACGAUGGGAAUUGGGAGAACGCUCGAACCAGAAGAUCUACAAAGAGCUCGAGUAAUCAAAAGAAGCCAAAAACUCCAGCUUCACCUGGAGUACGAAUCGUUAACUUCAUCAAUGCCUUGUUCAGCAAACAAUCAACGGCGGUUAAGAGUUAUCCGCGGAAGACGAGCUACGACGAUUCUGAAUUCUACAGGAAACCAACUGAUUGUUAUCCAUCUACGACGUGUUCUUCAGCAUCUUCCUUCUCCAGGUCUUGUCUUAACAAACGCUCCGAGAAAUCAUCUGGCCGUAUCAAACGAAGCGUUAGAUUCUCUCCGGUCAAUGUGAUCGUCCCCGAGAGCAGAUCUUACGUCGAAGCAGAAGAUUAUCUCAGCAGCGGCUAUGUUAGAAAGUCGGUGAAGAAGAAUGUGGAAGAUGGGGGGAGGAGAUCAGUGGAGGAGAUUGCGAGAGAGUUCUUGAGAGAUUAUCACAAGAAACAUGAAAAUAGUUUGGUUAAGAAUAAUGAUCUCGAGGAGUAUGAAGAUGAUGAUGUUGCAAGUGAUUCCAGUUCGGAUUUGUUUGAGCUGGAUUUAGUUGGAACUCAUCAUCAUCAUAAUCUGUACGAAGAUGAACUUCCUGUGUAUGAAACCACUUUUGCUGGUUUGAUCAUGUGAAGCUUUGUUACUUUUCUUUAGGUUUUCGAUUUUAUUUUAAAGUUUUAGUAUCAUGUUAUUCUUUCUCCACGUCUGUGUUUGGUUUUGUAACUACAAUAUGUCGUCUUGUAAAUUUUGUGCUUGUAAAAGUAUGAUCCGAUCAUAUUUCUCAUAAUAUAUAAUAUGCCCUUUUA